AUGUCUUCAUUUUCAUUGCCGCCUAUUCAUGACAAUCCUGACGGUGGAUGGGGCCCUUCCACUUCCAACUUCCCAGACCAGUUCAAGUUCAAGGAUAUUCCUUAUGCUCCUUACUCGAAGAGCGACAAGCUUGGUCGCUUUGCCGAUUGGAAUGAUCUAUCGUCCGAUAAUCGUCAAAACGUAGCUGGCUUGCCAGCCACCCAAAAUGUUCGUGGAGGAGGUCCUGGUGGUCGUCGUGGCGACAGGAAUCAGGCCUUUGGUAGCGGUACAGCCAGUGCUUUUGCUUACUUCCACGUCGAGGAUGAAUCGUCAUUUUCGCUUGUCGACAACAAGGCUGCACCCGCUCGUCGUGGUACUGGAUUCAGCCGUGGGCGUGGAGGAGUGCGUGGUACCGCCAACUAUAGUAAUGUCAGAGGUAGUGGUAGAGGUGGACGAGGUGGAGCCGCUUUCCGUGGUGGUGCCAAUCAACGCAAUGCCCCGAACCAAAGACGAGGCUGGAGAGAUUGGGAAAAGAACAACCGCGCUAGAGAAUCUUCAGUCGUUAUAUCUCCUCAAUGGAAUAUGCUGGAGGAGGUUGAAUUCCAUCGUCUAGCGAAGUUGAGACUUGAAAUCGACGAACCCGAAGAAUUGGAUUCCUAUGGACGUCUCUUCGCAUACGAUAAAUCUUACGACCGCGUGACUACAAAAACCGAGAAACCACUCCAAUUGGUGGAUCGUAUCAAAUACAACACUACUACUUCUGAUGAUCCCGUCAUCCAACAACUUGCUAGCUCUGGAAUUGCUAAAGUGUAUACCACCGAUGCUAUUCUCAGUGUGUUGAUGUGCGCACCCAGAUCCGUGUAUCCAUGGGACAUUGUUAUAGUUCGCGAGGGAGAUAGCUUGUUCCUGGACAAGCGUGAUGGUGGUCCAUUUGACACAGUCACUGUAAAUGAAAAUGCUGCAGAUCCUCCCCAGGAUCCUACCCCACCCAACCCCAACAAUCCCACCGAAAAGGCCGCUAUCCCUGAAACGGCGUCCAUCAAUUCUGCUACUUCGUUAUCUCUAGAAGCUACCUAUAUUAACCAAAAUUUCGGAUUCCAAUCUGUAAUCGAAACGGCCCCUCCGCCUCCUGUGGAUUUCGCUAACCCGAACCCCUUCUAUGGUCCGGAAGAAACUGAGCCCCUUGCCUCUUGCGGAUACCGAUACAGGCUCUUCGACCUUGGAAUCACCGAAGACGAAGAUAUCAAAAUCUGUGUUCGCACGGAGGUUGAUGCGUACAUCCCCGGCCAAGGAAAUCCUCGCGAAGGCCAGGGAUUAGUCACCAUUCGGGCUCUCAAUGAAUUCGAUCCUCGAGCCCAAGGCGCAGGUGGCGCCCCGGACUGGCGCUCAAAGUUGGAUUCCCAACGUGGUGCUGUUGUUGCAACCGAGAUGAAGAAUAACAGUUGUAAACUUGCUAAAUGGACAGUUCAGAGUGUCCUGGCAGGAGCUGAGCUCAUGAAAAUUGGAUACAUUUCGCGAGCGAACCCCCGUGACAACACUCGACAUGUCAUCCUGAGCACUGCCUCCAUGCGGCCAACUGAUUUCGCAGCGCAGCUGAAUGUUUCCUUGGCCAAUGGAUGGGGUAUAGUCCGAACGGUCACCGAUAUGUGCAUGAAAAUGCCUGAAGGGAAAUACGUAUUGGUGAAGGACCCUAACAAGCCCGUAAUCCGUUUGUACGCUGUACCCAUGUCAACUUUCACUGGUGAUGAUGAGGAAGUAGCUGAAGUGGCUUCGGAAGAAGAGUAG